GAACAGUGGCAAGCUUGGAAGAGGACAGUUAUCGCGGGCACUCUGGAGGAAGACAUUGUGAGUGUUUGUUGAAACUUAGUUUUAAGUAGUCGGUUCUCCGGAAAAUAUUGAUGACGCAAUCUGGAUUUGUUUCGGAUGACAUUUUCUGUGCACAAUCUCUUCUUUAACUACAAUGGUUAUAUUUGUUGAUCCACGUUGUUGAAAACUUUGAACCUGUCUGUCACCAACAGCGGUAUUGUUCAGAGCUAGUGAUUGCUCCUACCAAUACUGGUACAAGAUGAGCACUACCGCAGAACUAAUGCAAGCGGCAUGGGAUGCUACACUGGUCCGGAACUUUGAACCUACCAAGUGUUUGCUAUGCAACCAUGAUCUUCGAAUCCACGAAGGUGUUAUCCUGCGGGACUGUUUCCACAUUUUCUGUGACCGCUGUUUGGUUCGAACGAUCAAGAUAACCAUGCUGCACAGCGUUCAAGUACACUGUCCUGCACAAAUGAUCGGUGAUCGUGGCUGUAUGACCUUGCUGCAGGAACGAGAAAUUCGAGAGCUACUGUCAGGGGAAGAUUACCGAAAAUACGAGCGGAAAUGCUUGGAACUAGCCGAAACCGAAGCGACAUCCAGUGUUCACUGUUUGGUGCCGCACUGCAAAGGCUGGAUCGAGCUGACUGGAUUUGUGUCUUCAUUCGUGUGUCCGGUUUGCUCCUGCAAGAAUUGCUUAUCGUGCAGAGCGAUCCACAUAGAAAUGACUUGCAAUGAGUAUCAAACUUUGAACAGCUUCACUUCGGGCACUCCGAGUGGCUCAAAUCGUGGGAAACCACAAUCCAACCCAACCGUAGACCUGGAUCAACUAUGGUCGGCAUCGGAAGCUGUACUAGCACGCAACAUGUACUCUUCGAAAUGUCCAAUAUGCGAUGAUGACGUUCCAAUCAACGGAGGUGUCAUUCUCAGGGACUGUUGCCACAUUUUCUGUGAAGAAUGUCUGAUCAAUACAAUUAAGGCUACUCUCGACGAGAACGUCGAAGUUCAAUGUCCGGCAUUUGUGGACGACGGCCAGCAGCGGUGCAGCACCAUAGUUCAGGAACGUGAAAUUAAGAGUUUGCUCAAGACAGAAGAGUACGAAAAGUUCGAGCAGAGAUGCCUUGAGGUGGCCGAAGGAAGCUUCACGUCCAGUGUUCAUUGCUUGACGCCAAAUUGCAAGGGUUGGGUCGUGUUGGAUGGAAACGUGGAAUCCUUUCGAUGUCCGAUUUGUUCUGUCGAGAAUUGCCUCUCUUGCAAGAUGAUCCACGUGGACAAAUCUUGCGAAGAAUACCGGGCCGAGAUUAAGAGAAACGGAGAGGAGGAACUGUCAGAGAGUGCCAUCAAGGUUUUGCUGGAAAAUCGCGAAGCUGUGCUGUGCCCAAACUGCAAGAGAUUGAUCAUCAAAAACGGUGGCUGUGACCACAUGACUUGUCUCAAGUGCAGAUAUGAGUUCUAUUGGUCGACGCUGGCUCCUUAUCGUAGAUAAGCCGGUUGAAGUUUACGUAUUCUGUGAGAAAGUGUUUGAUCAUUUAUACGUACAUUAAUACUA